UGGUCCGUGUGGGAGCGCAGGGCGCACGGUGCGGCGCUGCCUCUCCGCAGCGUCAAACAGCCUCUCCUUCACGUCAGACAGGCUACAGAAACGACAGGUCGACCCACCGCCUGCAUCACAUCCACACUUUGACCUGAAGGGCUGACUGGAGCGAGUGAAACGAAGAGGGGAAGCAAGUGUGGGGGGGCUGAUGUAGACUGGUGAGCCUACAGGGCCAUUGACAUUACUCCCGUCUUCUCCGAGCGAAAGCUGGAAGUGCGUAGCGGUUUAUCUGCGGUGCCGUACAGUAGAUUAUUGAACAGCACUGAGAGACAAUACGGGCUAAUGAGAUUGAUAAACGUGAGUUAUCUGCGGAUGAGAGCUCAGUUAAAAAACAGCUUAACAGAGCGCGUGGUGCUGUUCAUUUGGCUGAAUGAUCGUGGAGAUGAAACAUCACAAUGACCAUCCUCUGCUGAGUUUCGUCCUGUGAACAUCAAACCAUCUGCUGAAGCCGACUCGUGUUGGAGAUGGCAAGUCACGCCCUCUCUUUCUUGGAUGGUCUCAGUGAAUAGACGGCCACACAAAGACGAAAAGAUCUCAGCUCAGCCAGCUAAAUAAAACCCUGUUCCUUCUGCACAGCGUGGGAGAAAGUGCCACUGCUGAGCUGGUGUGGCAUCUCCGUAGGCUGAUAAUUGAGUGAAAGCAGUGUUGGGUGAUCAUCUUUCACUCUGAGCCGCUCACCUUUCAUGUCGUGGCCCCUGAAGCUGGCUCUCAGGGCUAGACUGACAGCAGGAUCGCAGAGAGAGUCUCACGUAGACGCGAUUGGCAGAGCAGCACGGAGCACAGUUGUAAAGCAUCUUCCUCAUGAGACUGAAGAGGCAUACAUAAGGGAAAAGUCAUGCUAUUGUUUGGAUGACUUUCAUACAGGAUUAAGAGACUUUAACUGACUUUGUCUUCAUUUUAGGAGAUCCGGUGUUGAUUUUUUUUUAUGCUUUAUGAGUUUUCAUCACUGGAAGAGUGUGUCUGAGUGGCAGAGGGAGCCAGCAUGGCCAAGCCUCUGCUGAAGAUACAGCGUUAUUUCCGCAGAAAACCUGUCAGAUUCUUCUCCCUCAUCCUCCUCUAUCUGACCGCCGGGAGCCUCGUCUUCCUGCACUCUGGCUUCGUCGGGGACAGCGGCCCCGGUGGCAGAGGGAGCCGGGACUCUGUGAUAGCUCCGGAGAUGGGCAGCCGGACUUCACUAUCAGACACUCGGGGGCUUGGCAUCAUGGGUAGAGUGUUUAAGGAGACACACAGGUCUACUCGGAGGUAUGGUCCCCCGUGGAUGAAAAAGGCAAGACAGGGGGGCCAGGAGAUACGCAGGGGGGGAGACUACACCAACAACUGGAACCGUGCACUUAAAGGACGCAAUGCCAAAGACGUGGACGAUGGAAGAGCAAAGUAUAUCGGUUGCUACAUCGAUGACACACAGAAAAGAGCGCUGAGAGGAGUUUCUUUUUUUGACUACAAAAAAAUGACUGUAUUUCGUUGCCAGGACAACUGUGCAGAGAGAGGUUACAUGUACGCAGGGCUGGAGUUCGGAGCCGAGUGCUACUGUGGUCACAAGAUCCAGGCGCCCAACGUUUCAGAGAGCCAAUGCAACAUGGAGUGUAAAGGAGAGAAGAGCAACCUGUGCGGAGGAGCCAACCGAUUGUCCAUCUAUAGGCUGGAGCUGAGCCAAGAGUCAGCACGCCGCUAUGGCAGCGCCAUUUUCAAAGGGUGUUUCCACAGGCCGGACAACGUCACCCUGGCACUUCCUUUCAGCGCCGUUAUCCAAAACAUGUCCGUGGACAAGUGUGUGGACAUGUGCACGGAGAGGGAGAAAUCGCUGGCCGUCCUGGCUGGAGAUCGAUGUUACUGCGGCUUCCCGACUCCUCUCUUCUCCCUGCAUGAGAUGGAAAACGAGGACAUGUGUCUCCACCGCUGCCACGGGGAAGAGUUUGAGAGCUGCGGGAACGACGAGUACUUUGUGGUGUACCAGACGCAGGUUCAAGAUAAUCGCUGCAUGGAUCGUCACUUCCUCCCCUCUCGUGCUAAGCAGCUGGUGGCCCUCGCCAGUUUCCCCGGAGCCGGCAACACGUGGGCUCGCCACCUCAUCGAGCUGGCCACUGGCUUCUACACCGGCAGCUAUUACUUUGAUGGCUCCCUUUACAAUAAAGGAUUUAAAGGAGAGCGGGACCACUGGCGAAGUGGGAGGACAAUCUGUAUUAAGACACAUGAGAGUGGCAGGAAGGAGAUCGAAGCCUUUGACUCCAGCAUCAUCAUGAUCCGAAACCCCUACAAAGCCCUCAUGGCAGAGUUUAACAGAAAAUACGGUGGCCAUAUUGGAUUUGCCUCCCAGGCUCACUGGAGAGGGAAAGAGUGGCCUGAGUUUGUGAGGAACUAUGCCCCUUGGUGGGCGUCCCACACAUUGGACUGGCUAACUUACGGGAAGAACAUCCAGGUAGUCCACUUUGAGGAUCUGAAGAGGGACCUGUUCACCAAGCUGAAGGGGAUGGUCCAGUUUCUGGGUUUAAAGGUUUCUGAGGACCGCCUGCUCUGCGUUGAAGGCCAGAAGGACGGAAACUUCAAGCGGUCAGGGCUACGGAAGCUUGAAUAUGACCCCUACACUCCUGAAAUGCGAGCGAACAUCAAUGAACUGAUCAGAACAGUAGACACUGCCUUGAAGAAAAGGAAGCUGUCUGGAGUUCCAGAGGAAUAUAUGCCAAGAUGAUAAAUGUGAUCUCUUCAUUUCCCUUUUUUUUCUCUAGUAAUUGUCAACAGACUCUGCAUCAUAUUUUGUAGGAUUACACGAGUUAAUUAUUUUUUUUCAAUAGUUUUUCCAUUAAGUCACAAAGGUUAAAGCUGUAGUGAGAAGAAAUCGAUUUUCGUUUUCACUUUUUAUUCACAUUUUCUGUUCAGCAGCUUCAUGCAUUGAUAGAGGAGAGGAACAGAGGCAGUUUUAACUAAGGAGGUUUGAGUUUCUCUUUGGUUGAAUGAAAAGCACUUCUUAUCCUGCUCUAUGCACAUGUGUUGUCUAGGCAUGUGCAUAUGCCUUAACAUGAAGAAGGUACAAUAGCUGUGACUACAGAGAGCCUCAUCUGACUGUGCUGGGUGAUUUGUUGCCAGUGAAAACAAAAAAACUAUUACCCUAAAAAGAUAUAAUACAAUACUGCAGUGUGUGUAUGAGCUUAUUUUGUGUAAAAGAGAAAUAACUAUUAUAAAAAAUCAAAACAUUAAAAUGUAUGAAUCUCCUGCUGCUAACACAGUUACAGAACAAUACUAUUUUAUACACAAACAUCACUGAAAACUGUAAAACGUUUAGCCCUUUGUCAGAGGGGAAAAAUGCAAUAUGCAGGCUACAGCUACCUGAUGAUGAUACUGUGUGUUUCCAAGUUUUGUAAGAGAAGUCAUGUUUUCAAUGAUGAAGAGGUGAAGAACUCUCAGCUCCUCGUAUUCAAGAAGAUGAAUAAUCCCUCUUGAAGGCACUGAUUCCAGGAGAGAAGAGGAUUUAUCUCGACAGCAUUUAUUUAUCUUGGGUGUGCGGUGCACAUAAUUUGGAUGUGAAUAAGUUUUCUAAACACUGGACUCGAUGCAGAAAUCCAAAAAGCACUCCGCUGUGCAACACUUGCCCCAAAGAUCACUAAGGAAAAUUAGGCAUUACACACAUUAUAGAUUGGAGGUUACCUUUAGCCUUUAGCAGUAGUGAUCGUUAUAGAUUUAUUUUAUGACAGUUAAUCAUGCUGAAUGUGAAGAACUGUUAGAUUUUUUUUUUAAUUUUUUGCUUUGUUGUAAGAAGAGCUAUGAAACAGUUAAAGCUGGUAAUGAUUUUACUUUUUGAAAAAAAAAAAUCCACAGAAGUGUGAAAAAUUCUGCUCAGACUUUAUAAGCAGCACGUCUUAUAACGGUACUCAAUGUGCUAUGCCAUAUGCUUAAAAAUAAACAAAUAUAUAAAUAAAUAAAUACAUGAAUAUAUAAAUAAAUAAAACACUGGUGACUGAGAGCCAGAAAACAUGAACUGACUUCCAUUUUCAGUAUAAUAUAAAUAUAUUUUUAUAGUGUGUGCUCACACAUCAAGAAUAUUUACAAACGGGAGAAGUUCUUUCUAUUUUUAACACAUGCUUUAAACUUUAUUGGCUCCUGCUUUCAUUGACAAGCCGGCACUUUCUGAACAUAGGUGUCACAUUUGAAUGUAUUUUAUAUGGAAUGAAUGUAAUGUGAUAAGGCCCAAUAAAUGAGUACAUAAAAUGA